AUGGGCGUCUUCAACCUGCUAGCGCUCUCUGUGGAGACGUCGGUGCUGGGCUGGUACUUCCUGGUGCCACUGGCAUCUCCCGGCGGCCACGAGCUGCUCGCGCGCGACCUUCACUCACCGCUGCAGUUCCGUCAAUCGCUAGCGCUCCAAGCUCUGUUAUCACUGCUGCGUUUGCUCUUCUUCGUGUACAUCCGGCGUCGCAAUAAGCGCGUACCGUCCACCCGUUGCUUCGUGUUCGUAGUUUCACUCAUAGAGGUAGCUGGCUGCUGUCUCGGCUCGCUACAGCCUCUAUUGUAUCUAGAUGGCCGGCAAAUUGACACCUUCUCCAAGUACCGCCGCGUACCGUGGGGCGGCUUCUACGUGGCUGUACUGGGCGUCAUGGCCAUCUUCAGUACGUUGCUGCAGCUCGGCUACAUCCUGCAACUUAAUAAGAGUCGGGGGCGUCUGGCUGACGAUAAUCUACUACGAGACGUGAUGGGCGAGACGCCACGCGCCAUGUGGAGAUCCAAAUGGGCCACGCUGGGCAAGCAGCUAGCAGGCAGGCGUAAACCGAAAGAUCCCACGUUCGAGGCCAUGGUGAGGCUCUACGCGCACCAAGAAGGAGCCGUGGACCGACUUUUGGUGUCUUCAGACCGAGAUGAAGCCGAGUUCGAGUUCUAUUUGCCGCAACUGUGCAGCUUCUUGCUGCUGGAUGCAUUUGCACGCUCACCACAGUUAUGUGCGAUGCUACUGCGUAAAUGCAGCGUGUCCCAUGUAUUCGCGCACAAGAUGUUGUGGUAUUUGCAGUCAUACUGUCUGCAUAACCCAGCGUUUGCUACGGAGGCUGACUGCCAGCGUGUACAGAUGCUAAUUGAUGACGUAUCAGAGCGGGGCGUGGCACCAGCGAUGGUUGUUGCAUGUCCGCCAAGCCCGGUUAACUCGGAGCACCAGUCUCAGCAGCUUCGAGCGAAUCGUGGAUCUGAGGUAUCAGCCAGUGCACAGGAAGUCGAAGCAUUGUUGCCAGGCUCUCAGGAUGAUCACUACGAUACUUUUCAGGAGAAUAACGACCUGGAGCGAGGACAGGCGAGGUCUGCGAUUGCUAGGGCGCCAGUCGCCACUGGUGUGGAGCCUUUUGAGCUCGAGACCGCGUUUUUGGGGUCACUGGCGAACAUCUCGUCGAAUUUGCGCGCUGUGGCGUACAACCGCCGCAAUGAUAUGCUUCGCACGUGGCUGCAAGACUUGGAAGCUCAGUACUUGCCUAACAACUCACUGUAUCUUCCCGUAGGGAACUCGUAUCACCGACUGAAGCACGUCCACGUUGACGAGAGCUUUACGUUCUCAACUCGAGAACGAGUGCCGUUUUUGCUUUGUGCCGAGGUUGUUGACUACCCAUCGCCUCAAGAGGAGCGGCUCAAGCGGCGCAGCAACAGCGUGUUCAACGGCAGACGCUUCACACUCAGUUUGUGGGAUUCUGCUAGUACUCAAGACCUGACAACAGCAUCCACACCUGCUGAGCGCACACCAUUGAUGUCCCCUGAUGCUGCCAAACUGGGGUUCUGGAGUGAAUCACGCACGCCUAGCAGCCCAACAAGACUUCGCUCAUUCUCACACCACAUCUCGAAUAAAAUGGUGCAGCCGACAGAGCUGCUGCACGGCCUGAUUGACUCGCUGGUCGGUAAAACUCCAGGCGGGAAGAAUCUCGACCCCAAGAGUGUGGCUUUACUGAGUAAGGGUGACGACGAAUGUGGUGAGGACACACCCAAGCGAUUCCGUGAGUUGCCAGAAAGAAGUCAGAGCCAGCCUUUUUUUAAGAGUGGAGCGUUCCCUAAGCGAGGCUUGACAGUCGACACAAGUGCAUCGGGGCUUCGACCUACGCUUUCGGCCCAGACGGUCCCUGCGUCCAUCGUACCGGUCACGACAGACGUCGAUGACAUUGAUUCUGCUAGCAGUGCGAGCGGCCCGUGGUCACCCAAGUCGGAUACGGUGAUGUCGCCUCAGUCCGAGACUUCAGCGAGUUCUCCGCAUCACCUUGCGCGAUUUGACAGUACUGAUCGGUUCUUGCAGGACUUGUCGGAGCGUGACUCGAAGCUCGAGGAGGAAGAAGCUGAGACCAGUGAUCCCUCUUUGGAAUCCCGUAACCAAUCUGGCGAGCCACCCUGCGUCAUAUUUAAGGAGCGUUGGGCCGACAAGGAACGCCGAAUUCAAGCGACAUCUCCGUACGGAAAACUACCGGGCUGGAGAUUGCUGCCUGUGAUCGUUAAAAGCGACGAUGAUCUCCGUCAGGAACAGUUGGCUUUGCAAUUGAUUCAUCAGUUUGCCAAGGUGUUUGAAGAAUUUAAAGUACCCGUCUUCAUCCGGCCGUACGAUGUGAUCGCCAUCUCCGCCACCUCCGGACUCGUGGAGGCUAUCUCGGACACGAUCUCUAUCGAUUCGUUGAAGCGCAACGACCGUGAGUUCACGACGCUAUUGGACUUUUUUACCAGACAUUUCGGUGAUCCGAGCACGCCCGAGUUCCGUAAGGCCCGAGCCAACUUCGUAAGCAGCAUGGCUGGGUACGCGAUCGUGUGUUAUCUUCUUCAGAUUAAGGACCGCCACAACGGCAACAUUCUGCUGGAUGCUGAGGGCCACAUUAUCCAUAUCGACUUCGGCUUUAUCCUGUCCAACAACCCGGGCAACAUGGCCUUCGAGCAGGCACCAUUCAAGCUCACGGCCGAUUUUGUGGAGCUCAUGGGCGGUCCUCGUUCUGCGCACUUCCGACGGUUCCGAUCUCUUUGUGUGCGGUCGUUCCUUGUGGCUCGGAAGUAUCGCCACCGAUUCGUGUUACUCGUGGAGAUGAUGUUGCACGGUAACGAACACUUACCGUGUUUUGCUGGAGACCCCAAGGGCACAGUCUAA